AGAAAGAGACUCCUUUUGGACAUCUUGGAACAAGUGGAAACACUUAGGUGCUUGGGAUAAGACUCCUAAGAAAAUAAAAUGGCAUCCGGAGAUUUCUGCUCACCUGGAGAAGGGAUGGAAAUAUUACAACAAGUAUGCAGCAAACAGUUACCUCCUUGUAACCUGAGUGAAGAGGACCUGUUACAGAACCCCUACUUCAGCAAGCUUCUGCUGAGUCUCUCACAGCAUGUGGAUGAGAGUGGCUUAAGCCUUAAGCUAGCAAAGGAACAGGCUCAGGUAUGGAAGAAAGUUCGACUACAUAAGACAACAUGGUUGAGGUCUGAGGUUUUACAGCGAGUCAUUCAAGAGCUGCUUGUGGAAUACUAUGUGAAGACACAAGGCACAAAUUUAACAGAGGACAAAAAGUUUCAUGAGACCCUUGAACAACGACUACUUGUUACUGAACUGACACAGCUUUUGGGUUCCAGCCAGGAGAGAGAGAAACCUUCACUGCUCGGGCUAGAGAAGACAGAUCUCCUAGAACUCAUGCCGCCCCCUGAGGACUUUGCAUGGAUGAGAGCUCGGCUCCAGAUGGAAGUGGAGGAGCAGCUCAAGAGGAAAUGUUUCACUCUGCUGUGUUACCAUGAUCCCAACUCAGACCGUUUAGAAGGAGCUAUUCGCUUACAAGAACAGGACAUGGAAAAGUCACAACAGGUCCUGAGCACCUAUGAGAUCCUUGGGGAGGAGUUUGACAGGCUGGUAAAAGAGUAUACCCAGCUCAAACAGGCAAUGGAGAACAAACGCUGGGCCCUCCAAGAGUUCAACAAGGCCUGCAGCUGAGCUGAGCUAAGCUGAGUCCAGCCAAGUCAAGCCAGGAAGUAUGGCUCCUACACAGUCACUACUGCCUUCUCUCCUUGCUAAGAACCACCACACUGAGGCUGCCUCCAUUACAGCAGGAUGUGAGAAUACUUGCUUAAAACAUCUGCUGUAAUUUAGGCACCCUCUUGGUUUCUCUCCCUUGUUUACAAUAACUGGAUUUCUCCUGGGAAUAUAGCUAUCUGCAUACCAUAGCUGCUUGUCUAUGUCAGCCCUGUAUUAUAUUGGAUUAACUCCUAAAUAAAGUGAUAAUAUUAUUUCUUA